CUUAAGGAAGUGCUGCCUCUGCAACUGCAGCCACGGCCGCUGAGAGCUAGGAGUGAACCCCUGAGGGGGAGCAGGUUCCCCCUCGCGAUCGUGGGGACAGCCAGUCCUGUGAAACGAGGAGGCGGUUCCGGAUGCCCAGAAACGCCCAGGGAUAAGUGGAGCCGGGGGAAGAGGGGACAUGAGCGGCCAGCUGAGUCCAUCCCCAGGCCGCUAGGGGCGGACCCAGCAGCCCCUCAGCUCUCCUCGGAACCACGGAAUCUGAGAGAAUGGAGCCCAGUACCUGUAGGACCAGCGUAUCAGAGGAAGACUAUGUUGAGGAAAAGGAAUCUAAGAAGUGUGUUAAAGAGGGAGCUACCAUCCCCUCUAACUCUUCACAGCAGUCUCUCUUAAAAGCUGACUAUAAGGCAUUAAAAAAUGGGGUUCCCUCACCCAUUAUGGCCACAAAAAUUCCGAAGAAAGUCAUAGCCCCAGUUGACACAGGCGACUUAGAAGCUGGGAGGAGGAAGAGAAGGCGGAAACGCAGAUCCCUGGCCAUCAACCUGACCAACUGCAAGUAUGAGAGUGUGCGUCGGGCAGCCCAAAUGUGUGGCCUGAAGGAGGUGGGGGAGGAUGAAGAGUGGACUCUGUACUGGACAGACUGCGCUGUCUCGCUGGAACGAGUCAUGGACAUGAAAAGGUUUCAGAAAAUCAACCACUUCCCUGGCAUGACAGAAAUCUGCCGCAAAGAUCUGCUGGCUCGGAACCUCAACCGCAUGUACAAACUCUAUCCCUCUGAGUACAACAUCUUCCCCCGCACCUGGUGCCUCCCCGCAGACUAUGGGGACUUCCAGUCCUACAGUCGUCAGCGAAAAGUCCGCACGUAUAUCUGCAAGCCAGACAGUGGCUGUCAGGGACGUGGCAUCUUCAUUACCCGAAAUCCCCGGGAGAUCAAGCCAGGAGAGCAUAUGAUCUGCCAGCAAUACAUCUCCAAGCCCUUCCUCAUUGAUGGCUUCAAGUUUGAUAUGCGAAUCUACGUCCUGAUCACAUCCUGUGACCCUCUCCGGAUCUUCAUAUAUAAGGAGGGCCUAGCCCGUUUUGCCACCACGCCCUAUGUGGAGCCCAGCCAUAACAACCUGGACAAUGUCUGCAUGCACCUGACCAACUAUGCUAUCAACAAACACAAUGAGAAUUUUGUCCGGGAUGGUGCUGUGGGCAGUAAGAGGAAGCUGUCGACACUCAACAUCUGGCUGCAAGAGCACAGCUACAACCCUGGAGAGCUGUGGGGGGACAUCGAGGACAUCAUCAUCAAAACCAUCAUCUCAGCCCAUUCUGUUCUACGCCACAACUACCGAACCUGUUUUCCCCAGUAUCUGAAUGGAGGUACAUGUGCCUGUUUUGAGAUCCUUGGUUUUGACAUCUUGCUGGACCACAAGUUGAAGCCCUGGCUGCUAGAGGUAAACCACUCUCCAAGCUUUACCACGGACUCAUGCCUUGAUCAAGAGGUAAAGGAUGCACUUCUCUGUGAUGCUAUGACCCUUGUCAACCUCCGGGGCUGUGACAAAAGGAAGGUGAUGGAGGAGGAGAAGCGGCGAGUCAAGGAAUGGCUUUUCCAGUGCCACCAACAGCCACGAGAAUCUAGGAAAGAAAAAACUGAGUCAUCCCAUGUGGCAAUGCUGGACCAGGAACAAUACGAGGAUUCUCACCUGGGAAAAUACCGGCGGAUCUACCCUGGGCCUGACACGGAGAAGUAUGCCCGCUUCUUCAAGCACAAUGGCUCCCUCUUCCAGGAGACUGCUGCUUCCAAGGCCAGAGAGGAGUGUGCCAGGCAGCAACUAGAGGAGAUCCGCCUUAAGCAGGAACAGCAGGAGACCUCGGGCACUAAGAGGCAAAAGGCCAAGGACCAGAACCAGGGUGAAUCAGCUGGGGAGAAAAGCCGACCCAGGGCAGGGCUCCGGAGUCUUUCUACCCGCUUGGCUUACAGGAACCGCAACUGGGAGAAAGAGCUGCUGCCGGGACAGCUGGACACCAUGAGGCCUCAAGAAAUUGUGGAAGAGGAGGAGCUGGAGCGGAUGAAGGCCCUGCUACAAAGGGAGACUCUCAUCCGAAGCCUGGGUAUUGUAGAGCAGCUCACCCGUCUGCAGCACCCUGGCCCCCAGGGCCAGAAAAAACUUCAUGAGAGUCGGCCCAAGAACUUCAACUGGACAGGAGAGCCAGCAGCCAUCAACUCCUGUUCAUUGUCAAUGAAGAAGGCUGGGAGGCGCUAUUUUUCCAGUGCCAGAAUCAGGCUCACUAGCCGUCACGCUCUGUCGCCAAGGCUGAAUGAAGUACAUGGCUUGAUCUCACUUCACUGCAAACUCCACUCACGGGCUCAAGUAAUUCUCCUGCCUCAGCCUCCUGAGUAGCUGGGACUAUAGGCACACACCACCAUGCUCGGCUAACUUUUGUAUUUUUUGUUUUUGCCAUGUAGCCCAGGCUGGUCUUGAACUCCUGAUCCACCCGAAUCAGUCUCCCAAAGUGCUAGGAUUACAGGUGUGAGCCACCACACCAGGCCUAUUUAAUCCUGUCUGUACACUAGACCCUGGUGAUAGAAAUGGCAGAAAUACAGUCCCAGCACUCAAGAGGUAAUAGGAACAUGGACAAGAAGACAUACCACACCAAUUACAAUACAGUGUGGGAAAGACAGUGGAGGGAAGCAUGAGAUGCCCUUCCUCUGUGUUGGUAAUUGGGCCACAGUUGGGAAAGAGGUGAACAAAUCUCUUCUGUGAAUACCAACUCAGGGACAUCAAUGUUUCCACUGCAGAAGGACAAGCCAGCAGAAGGCUAGAAGCCAUAAACCGAGUCCUGGCAGGAUCAGUGCCACCCACUUUAACCCCAAAGCAGGGCUAUUUUCUGCAACCGGAAAGAGUGGCAUCUGACUCAUGGACUGAAUGCACCUUGCCCUCCAUGGUAAACUCUGAACACAGAGCAGCCAAGGUUCCCCUCUGCCCUGCGUCUGCACCCGUGCUGCAGCGUUCCAGAGCACUCCUCAACAUCAAUCAGUUCAGGUAAAAGCAGGAGGGAAGCACUCUACCUCUCCUGGAGAACCUCCCCAGCUUUCCAAAGGGCAUUCAAUCUUUGCUAAAUGAAUGACUGCCACCAAGUUCCACUUUGAAAAGCCCUGCCCAGGAACCCCAUUUGUAUAAGGCAAAAUACAAAGACACCAAGAAUUCCUCAAUACCCUAAGAUUAAUUGGGGAUCGGUAAAGACUAGAAGAUGAAGAGGCGCCAAGGCCAGCCAUGUACUCAUUUCUGCUCAUCAAGCCUUAGCCUGGGUUUAUCGCUAGGUGAUGGGUCUGAACCCUAGGUGCGGCCCGGGGCUGGAGGCCAUCCAGGAGACAAAGAGCCCCUUUCCCAGAGGAGCCGAGUGCCCAAGGCACUGGGCUGUCGCCGUCAAAAGACUGCCGAGCGGAAGCCCUGCCCACCGAGGUGGCGGAGACAGGCAGGCCUGGGCAGCCGCUGGGGCGGAGGGACGGCUCUUGGAAACGGAAUCCGUACUUUAAUUAAAGUUUAUGCAGUUUUC